AUGCCGCCCGUCACUGUUGAUGCGCCCGUCACUGGUCGUGCCGCCCGUCACUGGUCGUACCGCCCGUCACUGGUCGUGCCGCCCGUCACUGGUCGUGCCGCCCGUCACUGGUCGUGCCGCCCGUCACUGGUCGUGCCGCCCGUCACUGGGUCGUGCCGCCCGUCACUGGUCGUGCCGCCCGUCACUGUUCGUGCCGCCCGUCACUGCUCGUGCCGCCCGUCACUGCUCGUGCCGCCCGUCUCUGCUCGUGCCGCCCGUCUCUGCUCGUGCCGCCCGUCACUGCUCGUGCCGCCCGGUCACUGCUCCUGCCGCCCGGUCACUGCUCCUGCCGCCCCGUCACUGCUCCUGCCGCCCCGUUACUGUUCAUGCCGCCCGAUUACCAUGCCAUGCCAUGUCCUCGUGCUCGUUUCCGCCCUUGCUCGUUUCUGCCCUUGCUCGUUUCUGCCGACAGUGACGGGCGCAGCUGGGCAACGGUGCGGCGAGGCUAAGGCGAAGCCAGUGAGGCACGAGGCUCGGAGAGCCAUGCUGUCACACCUGCCAUCCUGCCACCCCUCCCCACCCCGCCUUGCGCAGGUGGCCUUCUCUCGCUGCAGGGCGCCGUGA